AUGCCCCAACCCCACCCAAAGAAAGUGGCCAUCAUCGGCGCCGGCCCCGCCGGCCUCGUCACCGCCAAAACCCUCCUCCACCACACAACCCCGGGAAUGUUUGCGCCCACGAUCUUCGAGAAAACCGACCGUAUCGGCGGGCUCUGGGCCACCUACCGCCCCGAGACAGAGGGAGCGGGGACGGGCACGCGCACGCGCACGCGCACGCGCACCGCUCAGCACACGAGUCGCACGCAGACGCAACCUCCGCGCGCGAGAGCGGCCGUGGGCGUCCGUCCGUCCAUGCCCACGAAUCUGAGUCGGUAUACCGUUGCGUUCUCGGAUUUCGGGUGGGCGGAGGCUCUUCGAGGGGAUGUUGCGGUUCCGAUGUUUCCGCGCGCGAGGCAGGUAAGUCGGUAUCUGGAUGCGGAUGGGGAUGGGAAUACACCCACACAGCAACACAGGACGGAGUACUUCGAUUACCUCGUCGUCGCGUCGGGGUACUUUGCGCGCCCGUUUAUACCGGAUAUUCCUGGGCUGAUCGGGGUGUUUGCGGGGGAGAGGGUGGUGCAUAGUUCUGCGGUGCAGGAGAUAGAUGAGCUGCGGGCGUUGUUGGAGCGGAUUCAAGUUAAUGGUUCUGGUGCUGGGAAACUGGUAGUCGUCGGGGGCAGCAUGUCCGGCGUGGAGGCUGCGUCGGCGGUGGCGUUGCACCUCUCUUCAAUGAACCCGGGGCCUGGGCAGCUCGAAGUCCAUCACAUCUGCUCGCGUCCGUUCUGGACGGUUCCGACCUACCUCCCCAGAUCAUCCCCAAACCAAGCACCGGGGACGUCGGUGCCCUUCCUCCCCCUCGACCUCGUCUUCUACGACCGUGCCCGCCGCCCCCCGGGCCCAAUUGAGUACGCAGUCGGCCCGCUCUCGCCGGACCAGAUCUCCAGGUCGAAUGCCUGGUUCGGCCAGUUGCUGGGCAGCGAGUACGCUCGGAUUGGGAGCUUUGGCAUCUCGACGGAGAUGCAACCCUCGUGGGUGGCCAUCGGCAACGACUACGCGGAAUACGUGCGCGCCGGUGCGGUGAAAGUCACCAUCGGCCGCGUCGCCCAACUGACUCCCUCAAACGAUCGCGCCAGUCUAGAGAUCACGCUGCCGAACGGCGAGACCAGCGUCCUGGACGAUGUGGCCGCGAUCAUCCUCGCCACGGGCUUCACGCCCAGCGACUCGCUCGCCUUCCUCCCGCCCUCCGUCCUCUCGACCCUCGAAUACUCCCCCGACGACGCAUUCAUCCCCCUCAUCCUCGACCACAAGGGCACCUCACACUUCGAAAUCCCGGACCUGGGGUUCGUGGGCUUCUACCGCGGUCCCUACUGGGGGGUCAUGGAGAUGCAAGCGCGGAGCCUGGCCGCGCGCUGGAGUCCAUCGCCCGCGGAGCAUCCAGCACCAGCCCACUCCCCUGCCCUUGCUGAUGAUGAGAUCGGGAAGGAAACCGAACGAGAACGAGAGCAACUGCGCCGCCUCCGCAACGAAACCAGGCAACGGAGCCAGUUCCCCAUGGGCGACUACGUCGGCCUCAUGGAGUCCUUCGCCAGGGCGCUGGAGAUUUCCCGGCUGCCUAUCCCAGACCCAACCGUAGACCUAGACUCGGACGCAGACGCAGACGCAGACCAGCCGAACACGCUGCUUGACCCCGUCAUACCGGCUAGAUAUCCUGACCCCUAUCCCUACUCCCCAGCUUCGGCAUCAUCUCCACCACCCGAUGACCCCACAAAGACCCUGACCUCCCUAGCCACCACCCUCUCCCCGACCCCUCGCACAGCAUCCACGGGCGAAGCGUCAACAGCAAAAGCAACAGCAACAGCCAUCUUCCGAGCCCUCCACGGCGCGUGGCACUUCUCCCGCACAACAACAACAAGCCAGUCGGAAGAAUUCUCUGCGCCGAUACCAGAACAAUCAGAUAACAAGACAAUCGAAUCAACAACAGCCGGAUCCGCGACCUUCCACCCCCGCUACGUCACCCUGCCCGGGGGCGGGUACGAGCGCGAGUAUCUUUAUACGGAGACUGAGUUUCAGGAUGAACCCCAGUCUCCACCCCAAGCUCAACUUCCCCGACCGGACUUCACCGAGCCAUCACGCCGGAGCCGUAUCGCUCCAGAGGACAGGAGAAAGCGGGUAGUAUAUCGGCUUCGCGGCGAUGGAGUAGGGUCUCCAUCAGGAGACCGCAAGCGGAGCGGACAGAUCCAGGUUUGGGAUUGUGAUGCUGAGGCUGAGGCUGGUGGUGGGGAUGAGGGAAGUGCACCUCCGGUGGAGCGGUUCGCGCAUGGGAUACAAAUCUCGCAGGCGAGGUUGGGGGUUGCGGGGUUUGAUGGUGGACUUGGUCAGAAGGAAGUCGGUGGGAAAGACAGUGGGCAUAGGUGGUAUCGGGUCUGUGGCGCUGGGGAGAACAGUGAUGGCGCUACGUGGAAAUAUGAGUUCCAUCUGGAGGGGGUAUCCAUCAUACGGUGGGAAUGCGUGAGCGAGACAGCGCGAUUGUCUGGUCGUAAGGUUACGAGGACGGUGUAUAUACGCUGAAGGAGUGAGAUAUUGUGAGCACACUGGGAUCAAUCUACGGCAACGAGCACUGUGG